CACGAGUCGUGUUUCUACGAUUCACAACUAUGAAUCUCGAGGCGACGCGCCUAACUAAAGUCACCAUGAACACGCCUCUUUUCCAGCGCUGCCUGUCUCAGUACAGCCGCAGAUGAGUGCGCGACUCGCAGUUCGGGAUGCCCCGGAGAAAGAAGUUGGGCCAGAGCCCAGCAAGAGCCCCCAGUGGUGGACCAGACCUCAGCAACAACACUGGCUUCCGACAACCUCUUGACAGCACAAUGGCGACCAACUCGGUUCCCAGUGUGUCAGUCCAGGAGCAAGUUGUACAGAACAUGCAAGAGAUGUUUGCUAACGUGGACCCAGAUGUCAUAUACAUUGUGUUGUCGGAGUGUGACUUUAAAGUUGAAAACGCAAUGGACUCCCUCUUGGAGUUGUCUGUGACGGUCGAGCCUCCACCCUCAGGUUCUCCACCAGUUUCUGGAUUUGAACAUACAGCUGCAGUCCUGCUGAAUACUCAACAACCCUCUCAAUCUGAGCUGCCUCUUGGUCCAUCAGAGCCGUGCUCCUCCUCCACCAAACCUGAUCUUCUGACAGAAGAGCUCGACCUACUUGUCGAUGAGGAGUUGAAUUUACUAACUGCACAGCAGGAGUUAAUGCAAGAUGUACACACGAUUGAGCCUCCGUCUGUUGAUCCAGCCGCCUCCUCAGUCCACACUCCAGAUGGCUUACAGCAUGAUCGGUCGAUCCGAAUCGGUCAUCCGAGUGCAUCCUCUGUUCAACAAGACCUGCAGCAGAAAUUGUCCUGGGAACCCGAAAGACCAGGGUGUCAGGACUCCAUAAUAAAUGAUCAACAUCUCGUGACAGAGGUCCCUGUAGAGAAAGGUUCUUUGGAAUUUCCGGCUUUAGGACGGACUUCUGCUUUCCAAGUAUAUAAAAAGCAAGAUUCCUCUCACAGUGCUCCUAAUACUACUGCAACAGGACAGCCUGAACAUAAUCUAGGACGAGCAGGGUCACAGCUUUAUCCAACAGCACAGUGGAACCUUGAUUCACCCGUCUUUACUCCUAAAUAUGCUUCCCACCAACAACCUUUCUUCAUGACCCCCGUCGUUGCCCCCAACUCUCCUUCGUGGGUAAAUUGUGCUCCUGCCAAUCCAGCACCUAGAGCUUCUAUUCCAAAGUCAUGGGCCCUCCCUGCACCUCCACCUGAGGUUGCAGGCUCCAGGAGGCUUCGAUUGGAAGGGAAGGUCCUGGUUUUGCUACGUGGUGCUCCAGGAUCUGGAAAAUCAACUUUGGCCAGAGCCUUGAGGGAGCAUAAUCCGGGUGCUGUCAUUCUCAGCACCGAUGACUUUUUCCUUCACAAUGGACACUAUCAGUUCAACCCAAAUGUCCUUGGGGAGGCACAUGAGUGGAACCAUGGGAGAGCAAAAGAGGCGUUUAGAAGGGGUGCUCACCCCAUUAUUAUUGACAACACUAAUAUGCAGGGGUGGGAGAUGAAGCCGUAUGUUGCCCAGGCACUGAUUCACAAUUACAAAGUACUUUUCCGAGAGCCAGAUACUUGGUGGAAGAACAAGCCCAGAGAGCUCGAGAGGCGCUCCAGACAUAACGUACCAGUGGAAAGAAUUCGAAGGAUGCUUGAUAAUUAUGAGCGUUUUGUUACAGUCCAUUCCAUUAUGGGGUCAGCAGCACCGGAGAGGAAACAGUGUCUCCCUGUGGAAAACACAGGCACAAAGCCACUCACUUCUAAUAACACUGCUCCUGACAUUGUUGGAGACUCUGAACAGACAAAAGGCAGCAAGAAUUCCAACCUUCAUCUAUCACUUCCCAACAUGUCCUCUGAUGGCCAUUCAGCCGAGGAGGACAAAGUGGAUGAUGGCAUCCACAAAUCCAUGGAGAAAAUUGAUUCACUUCAAACCAAUGAGUUAGGUGACCGGACAGAAUCCUUAGAUCAAGACUCAGUGGACUCUGAGGCAAGUGUACUUCCAGUUCAAUUGGGUGCUAACCAGCAGAUACCAGAUUGUGUGGUGGAGUCCGUGAUGAGUGACGGUCACCAUGGAAAUGAAAUUCCAGUUGCAUUUUGUGAUUCAAUAAAACAAAGGGAGCGACGAGAAAGACCAAGCAGGAAGUCAGAGUUUGAAAAAAAGGAUCAAAGUCAUCUUCUCAAAGACAUGAGCCAAUCAGAAGUCACUGACGGAGAAGCGCGGGAGGAUGGGAAGACAGAAGAACAGGAAGAACAGGAAACAACCAGAGAUUUGAAUUUCGAAGGAGACUGGCCCACCGAAAAGACCCUCGAGCAGCGCGCAGUGAGGAAAAGAGAGAGACAGAGAGAAGAUGUAAAGCAAGACGAUGGCCAGAACAGAGAUGUGGACACGUUAAAAGUACACUCUGGGCCUGAUUUCGCUGAGUUCCGGAAGCUUCUUGAUCUCAUUCAGACUGGGGAAGUCCAGGAUGACACUAGAUCACCGUCCUGCUCAUCUCCAUCUGCAGAGGUCAGCUUUGAGGAAGAUCCCCAUUGCACAAAUCCUCCUGGAAGUGGAGUGGAAUCAGGCUGCCUGGUAGACAUUGAAGCUAAUACUGUGGAUGUAAAUAUAGAUGAAGACAAACUUGAAAUUUCAACGGAGGAUGUAACUAAUUAUUCACAUGUUCUGAAGUUAGAUUCAACCAGCGCGGUUCCUCUGUCAGAGUGCUCUGAAGUGAGUACAGGGCUUGAAGAAGAGGCAGAAACUCACAGUAUAGUUAGUGGUGAAGGUGAAGGAGAGUCUGGAAUAGCUGGCCAGAUUCUUACCAGUAUGAGUAAUGGCAAAGAAAACAUGAAUAGUACGACCAGGAAUGAUUCUAGCCUCUCAGGUCAGGCAUGUGAAAGCUCCCAUGAAACCGGUGUAGGUGGAAUGUUGCCAAAGCAACGUCACAGAUCAGGAAAGCAAUGUAAAUUAGCCCUGACUUUCCCACAAAAUUUCCCGGACCCCUCCCUGGAGCCGCUUCAGCAUCCAAACGCUGAGGGGAGGCCAGUUUGGCAGGACAGUCCAACCGACGACCCUAAUGCUGACUCUAAUUCCGACGAAGUCCCUGAUGAACAGCUGCGCUGUCCUUGGGUAGACGGAGGACGGGUCACUCAGACUGAACCUCAAGACUUCGCCCUCCUGUGGCGUCUCAAUCGUCCGGACAGCUCAGACAAGCUGGACGAUGUCAUAUCCAGCCUCUCUAAUGGUUUUAAAGUUAUCGAAGGCAAUUCUUCGCAAUUCGUGCCCAAGACUUCUAGUGUUCACUCCUCGGCCCACGUCCAGGUCCCUUACCACGUGGUUCAUGAGAAGGGUACGCAAGUGGAGGAGAGUGAUUUUGGUUCGUUUCAGGAUAGGCUUGAUAGUCUCCGUAUUCUCAGUCGCCAUUUUAAGUUAGUCACUUUUGAUACGUUAGAAGACCUGUAUGAUAAAUGCCAUCAAGACCUCGAGUGGACCACCAAUCUCUUGUUGGACUCAGGGGAGAAGUUUUUCAAGGAAGAGGAGCAUGUGGAGGUUGGCAGGGACACCAAUGAUCCGAGGUCUAUGUUUAAACCUGAAGAAGCUGAUGUACGAGAGGAUUGUGUGACUGAAGAUGUGAUGAGUGCAGAGUCGGCUAAGGAAGUCACCAUCGAAUCACCAAGUGUGGACACAACAGAAGUCUGUGAGUCAAAGGAUGUUGGCCUAAUUUGUUCUGGAGCGGAGCAGCUUCAGCUCAGCGAAGGUCUGGAUGUGCAGUCGUGCUCUCACACAAAGCUAUCUCAAGAAAAACCUGGCCAGGUGGACAAAUCAGAGAGCCUUGAUGUCCUCCAGAGACAUGAAUAUCAGUUUGAUGAUGAAGCCUGGAUUGGAACAUCAGGCCAUGGGACAGAUAUGGAUAUCCAGAGUAUGGAUGAGAUCCACAGACUUCUACAAGCCGAGUUGGAUGAGAUUGAAACAUCUGAGAAGCAGAAGAAUGACACACACCACAAAGAGGAGAGAAGAAGUGGACAUAUGGAGAUACGUAGUGUGGAGAUGAAGCUACCGACCGAGGUGGCUCUGCAGCUUACUGAAUUAUUCGGACCUGUGGGUGUAGACCCAGAUACAUGUUCGUCUGAUGAGUACACUGUGCAGUUGGACUUGAACCUGGCCAAACUUCUACACCAGAAGUGGAAGGAUACAAUUCAGGAAAGACAGAGGCAAGCUGCUCUUUCUUUUCACUUGCUCCAAGAAAGUAAGUAUGCAACGCCACAUUUUACUCACUUUGAAGUUUCUGCUGCCUCAUGUUCUUCUUUGCUUAAAAUAUGUGAACUGGUAUCCUAUUUUCUAGAUUUGUCACACGACGUGAAGCCCAACACAGAUGGCUGGUGUGUUCCGCGUCAGCCUGUAUCUCUACGAGAUAUUAUCAAGGAGGAGCAGGCCUUGCAGAGGAAUGUUGAGAAGAGCAGGCAGGAUCGCGCUGACAUCGACAAACGUGACGGUGCCACGCUGCUGAAAGAAGACCAGCUGUUUGCCAAAUUCCCCACCAUCGAUAGGCACUUCCUCCAGGACAUCUUCAGAGACCACAAUUACUCUUUGGCUCAAACGGAGAUAUUUCUUCACUCCUUACUGGAUGACGCUCCAGCAAAGACUGUCGUCGCUCCAGUCACACCCCGCUCUGAUCACCAGCGGGCCACCAGCAAAGAGAGAGAGAAGGUCUCAAACAGGAACCUUGUUUUCAGUGGAAAAAUUGCGCUCGAGUCCAAAGUGAUGGAAUACCAGGACACGGAGGAGCCACAGUAUGAGGACUUCAGGGCCGAGGCCAGGCUCCAGAGGAGACGACAGCUUGAGAACUUUUCUAAAGCUGCAGAGGCUUUCAAGCAAGGACGCAGAGAGGUGGCAUCAUUUUAUGCACAACAGGGACACCUUCAUGGACAAAGCAUGCGUGAAGCUAACCACCGUGCAGCCAUUCAAAUCUUUGAGAAGGUCAACUCCACGCUGCUUCCCCAAAAUAUCCUGGACCUGCACGGGCUUCAUGUGGAAGAAGCCCUUGAGUACCUGGCGAAGGUUCUACAGGACAAAACCAAAGAAUAUGAGCAGGGUCUGUGCCGACCUCAGCUCUCAGUCAUCACAGGAAAAGGGAACCACAGCCAGGGAGGCGUGGCCCGCAUCCGUCCUGCUGUUAUAGACUACCUCAACAACAGACACUACAGGUUUACAGAGCCGAACCGAGGCCUGGUGCUGGUCUCUUUGAAGUGAACUCAGCAUGCUUCAUGGAGACUUUCUAACAACUCACAUGAGGAUGGUGUCAUUUGAGUGAAUGUUAAUGGAAGCCACAAUGCAUCAACAUUUGGAAUUUUCUUCUUUUUUUAAAGUUUGCCUUUAUGGCUUUUUAGAAAAUAUAAGAAUUAUUGCAACGUUACCAUUGAAAAUGUAUAUCCAAGGUAAUCCAGGUGCUUUUGGCAUUACAUUUUUAAACAAUUUCUAAAAAUCCUGUUGCAUAUUUUCUCUUAAAUAUAUUUUGUAAGUCAUGAAAUGAUUGUUGUUUGUGAACCCGCAGAUUUGUAUUUUCUGACAACCGAUAUUGUUUGUAAUUUUUAACUCCAUCUGUGAAGAAUUCACUUGGACAUUCUUAAUGAAGAGUUUUUUUAUGUGUGUAUAUUUUUGGCAACAGAAAAAAAACAGAUGUUUUUAUUUUCAUAUUUGCAAAGGACUAGAAUAAAAUUUAUUUUAAAGACUCAGAUUUUUCAGUAUUUGACCUACUGGAACGACACUCAGUAUUUAGGCAAUUACUUAACACAUUUUUGUGCUCUCCAUUCACUGUUCAUUGUUUAACAUUUCCUCAGUUUUUGUAAAUACUGUUGACUUCAUCAAGGACUUGUCCUUCGAUCUCCUGCCACAUCUGUCCAUUGUGUAAACUAGACCCACUGAUACCAAACUCCUCCACCAGGGGAAGGAGUUCAUCUUCAACCAAGGUGGGACAUACCUCUCUAGAAAAACAAAGCCCAUGUGUGAUGGACAUCUUUCAUUGCGAAGCUCUGUAGUUGCUAUUAGAAACCUUCAAUUCGUCUCAAACAAUUUUAUGAUUUUCAUAUAGAAUUAUUGCAACUGUUUUAUGCUCUGCUUAGAAAGUAUUUCAUGGUAAUAGGUUGCUGUCUAUCGAUAGUCAAAUGCCUUUUUUAUGAACAUGAACUUAAGUCUUGAUUGAUCAUUGUAGUUUGUUUCCAACUACUGUACAGUGUUCACUUUAGAAAGAUCUAGAUAACAACUGUCACCAGCUGCAGCAUGGGAGGAACCUUCAGUGAGGGGUCCCUCCUCUGCGUUUGUAUUUCUCACUCUUCUCACUUCCCGACUCUCAACCUUGAGUAGCAGCUGCUGAAACAUCAGGCUCUUCAGAUGAGUUAGGUGCGAUGGUAAAGAGCAUGACCUUGGGGCGACGCUGGGCCUGCGAUAUCAUGUGGCGCUCACAUUCCAGAUAAAAGCCCUUUCAGGAAUAUUUGCCGGCGUGGGAUGAGUCAACUCCGAGAGAAGAAUCUUGUGAACCAACUGGGAUUCUGAUUUAAAUAGGUCAUUGGUUGGAUUCCACAUGACUUUCUACGUUUCCCCAACUGACUGCUGCCAUUUUGGAUCACAACCUGGAAAGCCUUCUCUUCUAAACCCAGCUGA